AUGCUCAUGCAUUGUACAGACAAGACAGAUGGACUUCUGAUCAGUGCAGCAGAACAGCUUCUUCACCUCAUCAUGGACAGAGCAGAAGUUCUCCUGGAGCUUAUUGGACGGCUCCGCCAGCUUGUGUUUUUUAAAUGGAGAGCAGACAUCACAGGCCACAUCUUCAGGUCCAGCAUAGCAGUGGUCAGCAGGAGCAGCUCGGAGUCCAGUCUUCUUCAGCUCAGUGAUCUCCUGCUGCAGCUCCUGCUGAAGCUCUUUGACUCCCCUCACUGCAGUUUGCUGCUGGGAUCUGACCUGCUGCUCCACAUCAGAACUUAUGUUCUGGAUGAGACGGAUCAGCUCAGUGAACAUCUUCUCACUGUCCUCCACUGUUUUGUCCGCAGACUGAUCGAUGGCCUCCACCUCCUGCUGGAGCAGAUCCACAUCUUUGUUUUUGUCCUGGAUUCUCUGCUGGAUUUGUCGCCGCCUCCCCUCCAGCUCUCUCUGCCUCUCAUUCCGAAUCUCAGUGAUCUCCUGCUGCAGCUCCUGCUGAAGCUCUUUGACUCCCCUCACUGCAGUUUGCUGCUGGGAUCUGACCUGCUGCUCCACAUCAGAGCGUCUGUUCUGGAUGAGACGGAUCAGCUCAGUGAACAUCUUCCCACUGUCCUUCACUGUUUUGUCAGCAGACUGAUCGAUGGCCUCCACCUCCUGCUGGAGCAGCUUCACAUCUUUCUGUUUGUCCUGGAUUCUCUGCUGGAUUUGUUGCCACCUCCCCUCCAGCUCUCUCUGCCUCUCAGUCCUUUCUGCUGCCGCUGA